AGAUAGUAAAGAGCUGCUGCUGUCAGUGCACAGGAUUCGAGUAAGGCGACUUGUUACAAGCGAGGUCUUGGCUGUUGAUGGAGUAUUUGUCAGUGGUCAUAAUCUCAAAGACGACGGCAUAUCGACCGCUACUGGAGAAAGCAUGUCCUCUAGAACUGAAGGAAGAUUAUACCGUACAGGAGAAUUAAACGAUUUUGCAGAAGAUAGCGAGAUUGGACGGAGCAGCAGUUUUCAUCGCAUUGUUGUUCAAGAAUUUAAAGACGGCGUGCCUGCGCUCUCAAUGCGGACGCUGAAACACAACAGCCUCGUCCGUGUUCUCUCGACUUACGAACAAUUGAUAUGUUACAACAAUGCGUUCAGACAAGACUGGCGCCCUUCACUCGAAAAAACGGCGCACAAUAAGCCAAUCGGUCUCGUUUGUAAAGAAGUCCGUAACACGUUCACCAAAGACCAGGCUGUCUAUACUAUCUAUCAAACGACUAGAGAAUCCUGA